AAAGUUUUUUAUCCCGUUUGUGCUCGGAGAAUGCGUGAAUAAUGCAUCAUGUUUCACACCAAGGAUUAUGAACAUGCCAUACUUGAAUUCGGCAACUUAUCUUUACUAUGCACUACGGAGAGUAAUGGAGGUGGAAUUUCCAAAAUCUCCUAGUUUUAACAUUUCCAAGAAAGCAGUGAUUGUUGUGACUGAUGGCGAAGCGAAUGACGGUGCUUUUCUUCGUGGCUGGCAUGAUAAAUACAAAGAUAGGGUGACCUCGAUUGCAAUAGGAGUUGGACAAUACAAAAAGUUUUUGAACCAAUUGCAAAAUAUCGCAAACGGUGGCACGGGAAACGACAGGGUAUUUCCCUUGAGUGGUUUUACUGGAAUGCAAAGGAAUUCCUCCGACUUAAUAAAUGUUCUCAUUAAUUUAACAGAUCCGAUAUGGAGUUCAUGGUCAUCUUGUUCAACAUCGUGUUCACCUGGUAUUCAGAUGCGAACAAUUACUUUCCGCAAUGCAACGAGAACAUUGAAUGAAAGCGUUAUUGUAAAUCAGACAAAAACAUGCAACGAAGAUUUGUGCGCGCUCUACUAUGAUAAUGACUUGCGAUGUGUGGGUCCCGGUAUCAUUCCUACCCAGUGCUCUAUGGAUGCAUUCAGAAAAUUUCUACUGAAGAAUGUUAAUUGGGACGAAAUAGGACAAGAUGAAAAAAUAUUCGACUCACCAGUUAAAGGACUGAGAAUGAAACUCAAACAAAUCAAAUCACCAGGAAUGAACAUAAAAUUUGUGAAUAUAGGAAGAUAUGACGCUGUGAAGCCUUAGACAUAACAUGGCUCCAAUAUAAAGUUGUAUACAAACAGCUCAUUCAACAGCUAUUCAUAACCAUGUAAUAUUUUCUACUGACAAUGUGUUUGCAGUUUGAAAACAAUUAUACCUUUUUCGUUUCUGUUACGCGUUUGAAAAAAUUACUAGAUUCCUAUUUGUCUUAUGACAUUUCGUUAUCCCAUUAGUAAACUAUAUUGCAACAAAUUAUAUGUCCAUAUAUAUCUAUAUAUUUCAUCAUAAUAUCCACUA